AUGGGCGAUCGUAUCCCAGAUAAAGUGGAGAUCGACACUGAGACAGGCGCAGCAAUUCCUCUCUAUGCAACCAAGGCUGUUGCUACUUCAACGCCAUUAGCCGACCACUUGUCUACGGUGGGCAACGAUGAACGACGUUUUACUACAGUGGAUCAUCAGUUGCACUACUGUCUUCAUAUGGUAGCAGAACGAGCCAUUCUACCUGUCGUUGUUACUGUAGCCGUCCUCACUUGUAUGAUGAGAUUUCUUCUUGAUGGCAAUCAAUCGCUGUUUUCCACUAGAUAUGUGUUCGCUAUCCCAUCGCUCAUUGUUUUACCUUUAACUGCCCCCACCUUCUUCUUCAUUCUGCUUUUUGUGCAACGGCGGAUGUUUUCAGCGAAUUCCGUAAAGGAUUUCGUAACGUUGUUCGGAAAUCUGACAGGGAUUUCGUUUUUUGACAAGAAAGGAUUGCUGUCUCCAAUGAAUCCGUGCUUGGACAAAGUCGUAUUUUUCCGGCCUAAUAACGAAGAUCAGUGUAAUGAGGCCACCACUAUUGAAGUAAUGGAUUUGAGCUCCGAGCAGCUGAUCGAUGGAUCAUGGAGGGUCGACUUCGAUGAUCCCAAUUGGUCCCGCUUCGAACCAAAUCUGCGUGUCAUUGGCCAGUGCCUGCUUCUGAACCGAUGUGAUCCAAAAUUUCCGUCGUUUUUGGACCACCUAUCUGCCGUCGCCGCCACUGUACCGCGCACAGUGGCCACCGCUUGCAAGCGAUGUUCAUGUGUAUUUCCGAGGCUCAUCGGAUUCAAACCCAGUUCAAACUACCAGUUCCAAAAGGUGCCAAAUGCGUUAGGAUUUUACCAGCGUCGACCAGGAGAAGCUCCGUUACCAGGGUACUGUGCUGUGGCUGCCGUUAUAGAUCUGACGGACAUAUGUGGUGUAUUUAGACUCAGGAAACAUCAGACUCCACUUGAAAUGGCUUAUUGUACUGUACAUGCUGAUGAUCGGUCGCUAUACUACCAUCUUUCCUGCCAAGGGACGGCAAGCCUCGUGCUCGAGGCUUGUUCUCAUGUGUGGGAUGGAGAACAACUCGUACCUAUAACCGAGCGCAUACUCAAAAGUGCCAUAGAUUUCUAUCAGAGACAUUCUGUCACCGGGUAUUGUCUCGCUCUUUCCUAUCGUGCCGUCGGAAUGGUGUCCAACGAUGUUCUCAGAGAUCACUAUUUCGAAGUUCCUUUGCUACGCCGUCAUCCGCGAAGCGGUGCUUUGACAAGAACUCACAGCAUAGACAGUGCUGAGAAUGACCCAUUCUUCGAUCGAACUUCUCUGGAAACAGCUGAUGAAAUUGUCCAGCGAUGGUUCACUGGACAUGCGCUAUGCGGAAUGGUUGUUACUCAGUAUGAGGUUAUGCCGCAGGCCGUGCAGCUCGUCGACCAACUAGAAACCUUAUGCGUUCGAUUCGUUUAUUUCUCCCGUGAAAAUGAACUCAGAAGCAGAGUUUUCGCUGAAAAACUUGGGCUGGAAGCCGGCUGGAAUUGCCAUGUGUCUCUGGCCGAGGUAGACGCUGAUAUCGACAGAAGGAGCUUGAAGGAUUACUUCUUAUCCAAGAUUUUUCCCAGUUCGAGACGUCCUCCGCCUGAAUCGCCGGUCAUAAAACAUCUGUCAAGAUCCGAUCAAGACCUGCUUCUGAAUAUUUUACUGGCUACUGAUGUUCAGGGUUCUCCAACGGAAAAGAGGUCCAGUCAACAACCUCCUGUUAAGGUGGGACCAUAA